GGAUAAAAAUUAUCUGUGUCUUGUUUAGUGAUAGUCCGGGGAAGUCCCGAUUGUGAUGUGUUUUUUUCUGAUAAAAAGAUAAGGAAAAAACCUCACCAGACCCACUAAAAACGCAGCUUCUUAUCAGAAUCUUUUUGUUUUGAUAAGGUGCAACGUGGUGGUUUCAUUGGAAUUUUUCCAAUUAUUUGUUUCGAAAUGGCAAAAUCCCCGGGGGACAAUAACAAGUUCGUGUCAUCAGGGAGCCUGGUGAUGGUCACAAUUCCCGGAGCAGUACCUUCCUCAGCUCUCCGGAUGGCAUACAAAGAACUCUUCGCGGUGGUGUUUAAAAUUCCCAGUGAGAGUGUCAAAACGCGUGUUCUUCACGCUGUUGUGAAUGCCCUGAACGGGGAUUCCCCCAUGAGGUCAUGCAAGUGUUCGGUUAAAGUCGAGAAAUCCGACCGCAGUACACAGACAGCCACUGGAGAGACAGAAUCACAGGAGAAGAGCUCAGACAAUCAGAAAUCGCAAAUUCAUCCAGUUGGAGCUGUAGUGAAAUUGGGCAGGAAGAGAAAGGUGCUUGCACCUCAGGCCACCACCGGAACGGAUUUGGGUGACAGUCUUCCGGAAAGAUUGAAAUCUCGACGAUCAAGUGAGGUGAAGGUGAAGUCACCCAAAGCAACACUUGAGCCCGUUCAGGAGCUAUCGAGGAAGAUUGAGGCGGAUAUUGAUAAUUACAAUUACAGUGACAUCGAAGGGAUGAUCAGUGAAUUAGAAAAUGUGAAGACGACAUCUGAUAGAGAUGUGAAGAUCAUGAUGCUCAGGGAUUGGGUUGAAUGUUACAAAUAUACGGACGGAUAUCUGCCAAUCCAUUAUGCUGUUAAGGCUUCAGAUAAGAUAUACUUGAAGCGUCAGUGCAUAACCUUAAAAUUUCGUGGUUUUGGAGUGGAUCUGAAGGCUGACGAUGGCUCAACUGCCCUCCAUCUUGCUCUUAAAUUCAACGCGAACAUUCAAAUUGUUGAAAUGCUCCUCCAAUACGGAGCUGAUGUGUCUGAAAUUGACAAUGAUGGGAAUAAUUCUGUUCUCUUAGCUGCAAGAUAUUCACAAGAUAUCAAUGUUUUUGCAUUGCUACUCCGGAAAACCUCAUUCAGUGAACUACAACGGGAAAAUUUCCAUAGCCACGGAAUUUUUAGAAUUGUCGUAGAUUCGGGACGAUUUGACUUUCUCAAUGAGCUAAUUGCGUACAUUGACGAAUGUCUGAAAUUACCAUCAUUGAUACCAGAAAAUUUGAAGAAUGAGAAGGAUAUUGCAAAGAAAUAUCGUGAGAGGGUGGAUGAAUUAACUGACGUGGACAUGGUUAAGCAAAUAAAGAUUAACGAGAAGAAGGCAAAGAUGAUAAAUCAAAGAGAUAAAACAGCCGGGAAAACACCGCUAUUCUGCGCUGUGGAGAAGAAAAAAGAUAAUAUCGUUCUAGCCCUUUUGGCCAAUUUAGCUGAUCCCAGAAGGAAAACCUUUGCCGGAUUUGAUGCUUACAUGGUAGCCAAUGAGGUGGUGAAGAGUAAAAAGAUAUCUUCAGCACUUAUCAGUGCAUUAAAUGCUUUUGAAAUUAUUGAUGCAAUGGAUGAGGGAAUUUUAUCAAAUGGAAGUAAAACAAGCAGAAAAUUGGAAGAUGCCGACGAGGAACCAGUGACAGCGAGAAAGAAAAGAAAGGUCUGAUCAAAAUACUCCCAAAAAAUAUUCGGUGGAGGAUAGAGAGCCGGGAAUAACUGGGUAAGAUUAAAUAAAUUAUAUUUGUUUUAUU